AUUAAAACUAUAAUUGAAGUAUAUGGCAUCUAUAUCUUAGCCAAUAAUAAUAGGAAACAUUUUGUUUCUUCUGAUUAUUUUAUUUUAAGUCAAAUAAGUGCAACGAUAUGGCUGCUAACCAAAGUAUUCAAAAUGAAUCUACAUUUGAUGAUACUAUGUCAAUUCAACCCAAUAAAAUUGAAACUGAUCAGACUUUAUCAACCGCUAAAGCAGUAGUGAUACUCAUAGUCAUAUUUAUCUUUUCAUUGCUAAUUAUGGUAUAUUUAUAUUAUAGCUUUCCAGAAUUAUCUGAGGAAGAAAAAAACUACAUUAAAAUUCCAUUUAACAUCAAAGAUGCUCAAAACUUAGGUAAAGUUUUAGAACAUUACAAAGACAAUUAUUACACUCAAGUUUUUAUGUGCAUAUUUUUCUGUUAUAUAUUUUUACAAACAUUUGCCAUUCCAGGAUCAAUAUCAUUAUCCAUAUUAUGUGGGUUCUUGUAUCCAUUUAUUUUAGCUUUAGGUAUUAUAUGUUUCUGUUCUGCAUUGGGUGCUAGUUUUUGUUAUUUAUUGUCAAUGACUAUUGGUAGAAGGUUAGCAUAUAAAUAUUUCCCAGAGAGGAUAAAAUCUUAUGCACUAUUGGUGAAAAAGCAUAACCAUAAUAUGUUAAGUUAUAUUAUGUUUUUACGAAUAACACCUUUUUUACCCAACUGGUUUAUAAAUGUAUGUGCACCAUUAGUUGAUGUACCAUUAAUACCAUUUUGGGCUGGAACCUUUUUUGGAGUUGCUGUACCAUCAGUAUUAGCUGUACAAGCUGGUCAAACAUUGCAUGAGUUAACAUCUACUAGUAGUACAUGGUCAUGGACUUCUGUUUUACUUUUAGCAACUUUUGCAACACUAUCUCUCUUACCUGUAUUGUUUAAAGCAAAACUAAGAGAUAAGUUUGAUUGAAAAAGUUCUGUUGACUGCCAUAGGAAAGGACAUUCCUCAAAUUUAGUUUAGAUAUACCCUUCGCCGCCCUAAUUUCUGUAUUUCUUUUAUAUUUCUAAAUGUAUAUUGCUAAAAUUGUAUCAUUUAUUUGUAAUAGUUACAACUUACUAUAUAAAUAAAGUAAAUUUAUUUUGUUGCUA